AUGCCUGCUGGGACAAGCAGGAAUGCAGAGAGGUCAAGAGGAUGCGGGCAGGCAUCCCUCUUGCUGGUGGUAUUGAUGGCGGUGGUGUUGGGGGGCCGGGGUGGCGUGCAGUCGUGCCCGGCUCCCUGCAGCUGCCUGGGGAACACAGUGGACUGCCAUGGCCUCGGGAUCCACGCUGUGCCCAGAAACAUUCCCAAAGGAGCAGAACGGCUAGAUCUGAAUGGGAACAACCUCACCAUCAUCACCAAGAUGGACUUUUUGGGCCUUAAGCAUCUGCGAGUACUUCACCUAAUGGAGAACCAAAUCCGAGAGGUGGAGCGAGGCGCUUUGGAUGAAUUGAACAAUCUGGAGCGUCUUCGCCUCAACAAGAAUCGUCUAACGCAAAUUCCGGAACUUCUCUUCCAGAAGAAUGAAGCUCUGUCACGGCUUGACCUGAGUGAAAACGCUAUUCAAGCCAUUCCCAGGAGAGCCUUCAGAGGGGCUGCAGACCUAAAAAAUCUCCAGCUGGAUAAAAAUCACAUCAGCUGCAUUGAGGAGGGAGCAUUCAGGGCACUGCGAUCUUUGGAAGUACUGACGCUGAACAACAACAAUAUCAGCAGCAUUCCCGUGUCCAGUUUCAACCACAUGCCUAAACUUCGCACAUUUCGUCUUCACUCCAAUAUGCUGCGCUGCGACUGUCACUUGGCCUGGUUAUCGCCGUGGCUCCGCCAGCGCCCUGCAUUGGGCCUUUACACUCAGUGCAGCGCCCCACCUUCCCUAAGGGGGCUCAACUUAGCUGAGCUACGCAAAAGCGAUUUGGCUUGCUCAGGCCACGGCAGCAGUGCCUUCGUGCAGCCGUGCAGCUUGGCGUCCGGCUCAUGCCCGCCCAUGUGCUCGUGCAGCAAUAACAUCGUGGACUGCCGGGGAAGAGGCCUAACUGCUAUACCCGCACACCUCCCUGAGGCUAUGACAGAGAUUCGUCUGGAGCAGAAUGGAAUCAAGUCUGUUCCUCCAGGGGCCUUCACCUCCUACAAGAAGCUUCGGCGAAUUGACCUGAGUAACAACCAAAUAUCGGAAAUUGCUCCAGAUGCUUUUCACGGCCUCAAAGCCCUCAACUCCUUGGUUUUGUACGGCAACAAGAUAACGGAGCUUCCUGCCGGUGUGUUCGAUGGCCUAGUCUCACUGGAGCUGUUGUUGCUGAACGCCAAUAAGAUCCACUGCGUGCGCGCAUCAGCCUUCAAGGAUCUGGAGAACUUGGCUCUGCUGUCACUGUACGACAACAAGAUCCAAAGUUUGGCAAAAGGAACCUUCAGUUCACUGCAUGGCAUCCAGACACUCCACUUGGCCCAAAACCCCUUCGUCUGUGACUGCAACGUCAAGUGGCUGGCUGACUUUCUCCGCGCGAAUCCCAUCGAGACCAGCGGGGCUCGCUGCGCCAGCCCACGACGUCUUGCCAACAAACGCAUUGCUCAAAUUAAAAGCAGCAAGUUCCGAUGCUCUGCCAAGGAGCAGUACCACAUCCCAGGAGCUGAGGACCGCCGCCUGAGCUCCGGUUGCAACAGCAAGCCAGCUUGUCCUAGCAAGUGUCGCUGUGAGGCCAACGUGGUGGACUGCUCUAACCUGAGACUAACCAAGUUUCCCCAGCACCUACCACCCACCACUGAAGAAUUGCGCCUCAACAACAAUGACCUCUCCCUGCUGGAGGCCACGGGCGCUUUCAAGGGCCUGUCGCAGCUCAAAAAAAUAAACCUGAGCAACAACAAGAUCUCAGAGAUUGAGGAUGGUGCGUUCGAGGGCGCCUCGGCAGUGGCCGAACUCCACCUGACCGCCAACCACCUGGAGGCCGUGCGGGGGAGUAUGUUCAGAGGAAUGGAUAUGCUACGCAUGCUGAUGUUGAGGAACAACAAGAUCAGUUGCUUACACAACGGUAGCUUCACAGGCCUGAGCAACGUACGUCUGCUGUCGCUCUAUGACAACCAACUGAGCGUCAUCCUUCCAGGAACUUUUGACCCGCUUCCUAACCUCUCCACACUGAACCUGCUGGCCAACCCAUUCAACUGCGACUGCCGUCUGUCCUGGUUGGGCUCCUGGCUCAGGAGCCGCCGCAUCGUGACGGGAAACCCUCGCUGCCAAAGUCCAGCUUUCCUGCGUGAGAUCCCGAUGCAGGAUGUGGCUGUGCCUGACUUCCGCUGUGAAGAUGGUACUCACACUGAGUCCACCAGCUGCUCUUUGGGCCCACAGUGUCCCAGUGGUUGCACGUGCAUGGACACUGUGGUACGGUGCAGCAACAAGCACCUGCAAGCCCUACCCAGAGGACUUCCUCCAAACCUCACCGAACUGUAUCUGGAUGGGAACCAGUUUACGCGAGUACCCAACCUGCUUAGCAAGUUCAAGCAUCUACAACUCAUUGAUUUGAGCAACAACAAAAUCAGCUCGCUGUCUGAUGACUCCUUCGCUAACAUGAGCCAACUCACCACGCUGAUCCUGAGUUAUAAUUCUUUACGUUGUAUUCCUCCUCUGGCGCUGGGAGGCCUGCGAUCCCUGAGGCUGCUAUCUCUGCACGGUAACGACAUCUCUGAGUUGCAACAUGGAAUCUUCAACGAUGUCACGUCACUCUCACACCUCGCCAUCGGCUCCAACCCCUUGUACUGCGACUGCCGCCUGCUGUGGUUGUCCGAGUGGCUCAAGAGCGGCUACAAGGAGCCGGGCAUCGCGCGCUGCAGCGGCCCUCCGGGCAUGGAGGGUAAACUCCUGCUCACCACGCCCCCGGAACACUUCCUUUGUCAAGGUGCGGUGGAGGCGAGCGUGGUGGCUAAAUGCAACCCAUGUGCAUCAUCGCCUUGCCACAACCAAGGCCUCUGCCAAGGCUUACCUUCACACUCACAGCCAUACACGUGCACCUGCAAGGAUGGAUUCACGGGACAACGUUGUGAGACUCCAGUGGACGCAUGUGCUAGUAAUCCCUGCAUCAAUGGAGGAACGUGUCUCAGUGACGAGCAGACGAGCAGCUUCAGUUGUGCAUGCUCUUUGGGCUUCCACGGCGUCUACUGCGAGGUGAACGCCGACGACUGCCAAGAUCACGGCUGCGAGAGCGGUGCCACCUGCGUGGACGGCGUGGGAAACUAUACCUGUCUGUGCCCCCCUGGAAGAGAUGGUCUCUUUUGCCAAGAAGAGCAGGAUGCCUGCUCGCCCGCUAGGAACCCCUGCAAGAAUCAGGCCACAUGUGUCAGGACAUCAACAGGACACAGGUGCGUGUGCAUCCCGGGUUGGGUCGGUCCGGACUGCGGCCUGGACUACGAUGAGUGUGCGGACCACCGCUGUCAGAAUGCGGCACAGUGCGUGGACCACCUGGAUGGAUACACUUGUGUGUGCCCUCAGGGAUAUACGGGUGAUUUUUGCGAGGUGUCGCCGCCUCCUGAGUCUCUAUGCCUGCUGGUGCGCUGCCAAAAUGGCGCCCCCUGUGUGGAGAAGGCAGGUGUGGCACUGUGCCAAUGUCCGGCGGGCUUUGAAGGUGCCACCUGUGAGAAGCUGGUCAGUGUCAACUUCGUCAACAGAGAUGCUUACGUUCAACUGCGUGACGUCAAGAAUCUCCCCCAAGUCAACAUCACCAUGCAGCUCUUGUUUCAGGUGUCUACAGGGGAUGAAAAUGGUAUUUUGUUGUUUAAUGGAGACCAAGAACCAAUUGCUGUGGAGCUUCAUCAAGGGCAUGUCAGGGUGACCUACGACCCCGGCAAUGAGCCCGCCAGCGCCAUCUACAGCUCGGAAACAGUGAAUGACGGUCUGUUCCAUACGGUGGAGCUGCUAACUUUUGAUCGGACGGUCAACUUGUCAGUGGACGGAGGGCAACCAGCUACUCUGGAUGGACGGGGAGGAAGCCAUGGAACUAGCAUGGACGCACCGCUCUAUGUUGGAGGUCUUCCAGAGGAAGUUUUUCCCGCCUCACUGUCUCUGUCCUCCCACGCCGUCAACAUGUCAGGUUUCCACGGCUGCAUCCGGAACCUAUACAUCAACCACGAGCUUCAGGACUUUACGCGCGGACACAUGCAAGCGGGCGUGCUGCCAGGAUGCCAGGCAUGCCGCAAGCUCUUGUGCGUGCACGGCCUCUGCCAGCCUGGAGGAGGCGCUCAGGGAGCGCAGUGUUUAUGCCAGUCAGGCUGGUCGGGGCCACACUGCGAUCAGCCAAUCACAGACGGACUUGACGGAGGAGGUAGCGCGGUCAACGCUACAGUAGCCGCAGAAGCGUUAGGCUCGGUGUGUUCCGGCAUUCCCGUCAGAGAUUACCACCGCUUGCAGCGGGGUCCAGUCGUCUGCAGGACUCCCAAAACCUUGUCCUGGCUGGAGUGCCGGGGCCGCUGCCAGCCGGAAGGGGUCUCGUCAGGUGCGGCUUCCUGCUGCGCCGCUUUGAGGCUGCGCCGACGCCGAAUCAACUUCCUGUGCGACGACGGAACCUCUUUGACGCAAGAUGUGGAGAAGCCAAUUGAGUGUGGAUGCAAGAUGUGUGUGUAG